CUCUCGAGUGUGACGUCGGCAAGGAGUCCAUCACGUGACCGUCCUUCCACCCAUCAUUUAGUCGACGUCAAAAAUAUUUUACGUCACGCUCUCGCGUGUGACGUCAGAAGCCCUAAGAAACAUAGGUAGAGACGGGGCGACCAAGUGGGAAGUCGAGUCUGGGAGGAGUGAAAACGCCGCCGGAAGUCCAUUUCCCCGCUCACCUGAGCGGUUGCGGCCGCUUGUUCCCGACUGACUCGCACGCCGUUCUCACGUGCUGUGACGCCAUGCCACCAUUGCUGAUGGCCAGAGACUCUUCUUCGCUCUCCACCCCAUGCCGGGCGGUAAAGACAACUUCUCGCUCUCCACCCCACGUCCGGCACGACAUCUGGCGUCCAUAGAAACGGUGACAAGAAAUGGCCAUGCCCAUCCUGGCAGCCAGUCUGUUCAUUCCCAUCGUUUUCCACGUCUUGCGCAGACGACUGCUGAGCAUGGGACAGCACUGGUGGUGGGAGGACUAUUUCACGCCGCCUGUUGAGGAUCAGCCGGAACUCAUGCCAAUGUCCGAUUUCCUGCCCUGGGAGUCGGAGCGAGAUUUGAUGAGGGUGCACCCGGCCGUCUGCGCCUCCGGCGGCUGCGGCAGCGACAUCGAUGGAGAUGGAUGCGCACGGGAGGCUGGAUGGAGUGAGUCCGAUAUAUUCAAAAAAGAUCUGCGCCUGUCUCUUCCCUCGCCGUUCAAUGUCUCGGAAGCUUCUCUGCCGCCUUUUCGGGAAGUGACAAAGGAGAUCCUACGGGCAGACUCUCAAAAUGCGCCGGACAGACAUGGUGCUUACGAUUUAUUCUUCGAGUCUUCUUGCGAGAGCUUUCAGACCUGCACCAUUGCCCCUUCGCUGUCGACCGAGUGGAGACCUAAGUCAAGGCUGCCGAUGGAUAACUGCAUCAAAGAUAAGAGCACAUCGCCACCACCCUUAUCACGUGGACUCUCGCGUCCAAGGAAAAAAACACCGGAUGGUUGCAAGCAAACCCUACCGCAGCAACUUGGGGGUCUGGGUGACGUUCACGACCAAGAGGUCCCGACUAAAUCUCCUGAACUGGAUGACUUUCGGAUGUGGAUGGCCGAUGGAGUUACCUCCCUUCGACAACAAUGUGUAACGAGUUACUGCAUAAUUCAAGAAAUAGAUCCCCGGAAAAAAGGAUUCAACAGAAGCCGAGUGCAGAGAAGAGCUGUUAAACACAGAAAGUUAGAAGAGCCUCUGCCGCUAUCCCAGAAGAAGGCGAUGACCACAGAGCUGCUGAAUUCGUCUGCGACUGCCCCCAGUGUCCAGUUACCCGAACCUGUUAUGCAGCUUGAGCAGAUGAGAAGCACCACGGCCUUUUUAAUGGGCUGUGACAUGAGUUUCGAUUCUGAUCGUUUUUCAACCGGAUCUCCAAAUAAAACAUACCAGUUACCUUCCAGCCAAGAACAGGCAGAAGAAAACGAAUGGAAUCCUCUGCAAGGUGAACAUUUCGAGCAGGCGAUACCACCAGACCAUUUCAGCUCGACUGGCAGCCAGCAAGGACAUUAUUUCACAACAGAUCAGUUCGACAGGGGCAAGCCUGCUGAAGGGAACCCUCUAACCUACCCAGGGGAAGCACUGCGGAUCCAAAAGCAACAUUCCAAUGGCGAUGUCUUUUAUCCUCACGUCGAGCUAGCUCCAACUGAUAACACUCACACUUUAUCAAGACAUGCCAUUUCACCUUCUGCGUUGAAAUACUGCCUCCCGUGGCAUGCAGAAGCGGAACUCGGAGCGCGCCCCAAAGAACAAGGGCACUAUGUGGUGGCGGGUAAUAGUAAUUUCAUCAAUGUGGAAGAAAUAUGCGAUGCUGACCAGCUUGCGGGAUCCCUGAUGAUGCCCAUUUCUUGCCACGUCCGCCAGGACACUAUGCGAGCCCCGAUUCCAGCUAGAUGCAGACUGAAGAAGCACGUGGGGUGGACUUGUGUCGACGCGUCACAAGGCGAUGAUUUGGGAAAUGACAUUCAAGACCAGCCGGGAGGGCAGAUGGAAUGGGAAGGUGAAACGCGUCAAACUAAAAACUUGGGACCCACGUUUACUGACCAAAGUGUCAGAUUGCAAGAGAAUAUUAAAGGAAAUGACGUACAAGAAAAAGAACAAUUGGAAGCUGGCGAAUUAAUGGAAGUAAAAAUGAGUCUUAUAACACAUUCAGAAAAGCCGAUGUGUGAGAAUGUCAUCCGUUUAGACGCUACUCCAGUCAAAAAGGUAACAACGUCUGAAGAGAAAGAGUCUCUUAGCUGUGGAACCAUACUGGCUCUAUCUUUUGAAACCACUCCUACUUCAAAUGUCCUGAAAUUACAAAUUGUUCCUGCAACCAAUUCACAACCGCUGCUUGGUGACAUCGUUGCUAGUUCAGAUACCAAUUCAACCAAACAAGAUAGGCUUGUCUCUGUAUCCGAAUCGACCUUUCAAAAUCCUCCUCCUUCAAGAAUUCUGGAAACAGAAAUUGGUCCUGUACUAAAUUCGGAGCCGAUGCUCAGUGACAGAGCCAUCAGUUCAGAUACUACUCCUGUCGAAAGCAAACAGAAAAGUGAAGAGCAAGAUAGUCUUAUAUCCGGAUCCGAAUCGGCAACAUCGUUGCAAGCACCCAUCUCUCCAAGAAUCCUGGAAAACGCGGUGCAACAGUCAGAGUACACGGCAGCAGAACCACUAGAAAAAAAUGCCUCUCUUCUUUCUCUUCAAGACUCUUCGUCUACGAUAUUGCUGGAAGUGUCGUCCGAGGGGAUAGAACAAAGGGCAGUGGAGCAACUAGAAAAAAACAAUCUUGUCCAUUCACGACUGCUGGAAGUAACGUCACCACAAGAGCAGAUAGAAACACAAAGAGAAAAUAAAUCAAAAUCUCAAUUGCAAAGCCUGCUCCCUCGCAUCCGGAAGAACAGUCGUUCCUUGGGCAAAUACGCCCUGCGAUACCUGGAACACAUCGAGCAUCAACUCGUGUCCUCGGCACUCCCGCACAAACUUUCUCAUGACAACUGUGACAGCCCGCAGCCUGCCGAGUCGAUCUGCGACCAACGGAGUGACUCGGGGCUCGCUUCUUAUUCGCCUGCGUGGAGAGAUCGCGAGCGACAGCAGCUACACGAGAAAAAACACGACUGGGAAGGCGAGAGAUGUGAAGACGUCGGCGUAGAAUCGGAUGUGGCCGUAAAGCCAGGUCACGACCUCUCCUGGACAGACGUGGUAAAGCUGGCUGACUCCUCAGCCUCCGAGGAGCUUCGGCAGGAUGUAGCGACCCCCCUUUCGGGAAGUUCCACCUCCUCUCUGCUUGAAAUCUUCUCCACGACUAUGAGUAUUUCGGAGGCCUUCGAUCAGCUUGAGGUCGUCGUCGAAAAUCUGUUGGGACUUUUGAACGCUCCUAACGAGUGCUCCGUCUCUAAUAAUCCUUCCUGCGAGACGAUGAGCUCGGACGAUAACGUGGAUCGUUCCAGAAGCGGUGUACUUACCGAAAGCGUCUGCUUUUUAUGCGUGCACACGGCCUCGUCUGCUGAUGUCUUGCACGACCUUUCUGGCGAUGACGUGCUUGGGGAAAACGUCUCCUUUAGUAAUGAGAACGUGUCCUCGUCUGUUGAUGGCCUGCACAAUAGAGUGGAAGCUUCUGCAAGUUAUCUGCUUAGCGAAAACGCCUGUUCCAUUGAUGAGAACAUGGCCUCGCCUUUUAGUGAUGUGCACGAUAACACUGACUGUUCUGGCAGCGAACUACAAAUUGCCUAUAGCGAAGAGAAUACUGCAUCUUCGCCCUGUUUCAGUGACACUGCUCUUCUAAAUUCUAACUGAAGGGGGUUCACCAUGUCGCCAGAUAAGUGAAAACCAUCUUCAGAUUAUAAGGUGAUCGCACUGGACAGACUAGUGCACACCGAAAAUUGGCAGAGCGAAGCGAAAAGAGUAAGAUUACCCUGUGGUCUUUGGUGGGUUGGUACCAACGUCUGUUUGCUGCAGAUAGGAUGCAGAGGGGGGAGGCUCGAUAAACUACCAACUGGAAGAAGAGGGAUGGGCUCUACCAAGAUAGACACUUUGUCACUUCUCCUAUCAUAUUGAGGCUAAUCACGAGCGACAAGCAGUUGUAACUGCGCUUGCUUGAAGCCAGUGAUUGUGUAAGGCCCAGAAAAAAAUAACACCAUAUAUCCAUACUAUCUGCAGAGCUUAUUUUCAAAACUUUUACUUCUGUUAUUGUUGUGCACUGCCUACUAACUUGGCGUGUUCAACUAACCCCAAGCCUGCCUGCGGGGAAAAGUCUUACAGUCGUAAGUUUUGUCUCUGUUUUAUUUCUGUUUUGAAAAUGUGCUUAAAAUCGGAAGCAGCACUGGUGGUUUUUGAAAACAAUUAAAUAAUACCUGAUG